GGAGCCUCGUCCGAACCCCGAUGCAAGGGCGAGCCCUCUGGUGACACGGUGCGCUCGAAACGCUUUACUUUGAGUCGCUAAUCGGGACGCACUGUGCGGCCUCGCAAAAGCCCCACGCACUUCGCGAUUUCGGCGCGCGGGGUUGGCCAGCCUGUUGUAUGACUCCCACUAACGUGGCGGAACGUAAGGAGUGGCUGUCAUUUGCGACUGAUUCAUGCUGUGUUCUCGCUUAUUUCUAACGGGAGCUUAGUUUAUUUUUAAUUGUUUGUUACACUUGUAAGGAAAAUGUCGUCGUCCGGAGAUUUUGGGAAUCCUCUGCGGAAAUUUAAGCUAGUUUUCCUGGGAGAGCAGAGCGUCGGGAAAACAUCUUUAAUUACCAGAUUUAUGUAUGACAGUUUUGAUAAUACUUAUCAGGCAACAAUAGGAAUCGAUUUCCUUUCCAAAACAAUGUAUCUUGAAGACAGAACAGUAAGACUGCAAUUAUGGGACACUGCAGGACAAGAGAGAUUCCGAUCCCUUAUUCCUUCCUACAUCAGGGAUUCGACUGUUGCUAUUGUUGUCUAUGAUAUUACCAAUGCCAACUCAUUUCAUCAAACCUCCAAGUGGAUAGAUGAUGUAAGGACUGAAAGAGGUAGUGAUGUGAUUAUAAUGCUGGUUGGAAACAAGACAGAUCUGUCUGAGAAAAGGCAGGUAUCAACAGAGGAAGGAGAAAGGAAAGCUAAGGAGCUCAAUGUGAUGUUCAUAGAGACCAGUGCGAAGGCAGGAUAUAAUGUUAAACAGCUUUUCCGGCGUGUAGCAGCAGCAUUGCCUGGCAUGGACUCAACUGAAAAUAAACCACCAGAAGACAUGCAAGAAGUAAUACUGAAAGACACCCCUAAUGAACCCAGAAACCAGGAUGGCGGCUGUGCAUGCUGAACAGGAAGAACUUUAUGAACUGUGAAAUACCUAAAUGCUACUGUCAACUUGGCCCCCCUUCCCCUUCUCAUUUCUGGGUUAUUACUUUCCAUUUGUCCCGUUGGCUCGGGAUGUUGUUGUGCUUUUGAUUGAGCAGCUAGUGGUAGAGAGGUACAUUGUAGAUUGUUUUUUAAAGAGUACUAUUUAUUGAAUACCGUUUUAUAAUGUUGGAUGUUAUAUAUGAGUAUAUAUAUUAUGUGUAUUGAUGUAUGUAUAUAUAGAUUCAUGUAUUUGUGUGAAUAUCUCGUUAGAAGUUUUGAGACAGUGUUUUCUUUGUACCUUUUUGCUGAAAUCUGUUUUCUUUUGCCUUCAAAAAAUUGAUCAUUUAUUCAUAUCAUCACAUAAUAGUAUUAAGCUUGUCAGGAAGGAAAUACUAUAGAAGUGACUGGCAUUUAAAAGGUAAAACAAGCAGUGUGCAUGUGAUUGACCUGUGCAUGUGGCAUUAACCAUUUUGUUUUAAUUAGACCAGAAAAUUCUACUUAAGCCCAGUUGAGCCAAAGACUUACAGCGGGUACUUCCUAGCUUGAACCUUAAUUCUGUUUGACAAUUGUAUGAUUUAACCACCAAUGUUGUUUAUGUAAUGAGGUGUCCAUUUAGAGGGAGGGGUGGGGUAAUCAAUGAGAUCUGCUUUGGAGUACUGGUAAGUGUUCCACUCAACAACAUUUCAGAAAUUAUUUUUUUUUAACCUGUGCACUGUUGCUGCUGCUAUCAGCAGUGCUUAUGCUGGUCACUUUUACUUGAGAAAUUUAAUUCAAACAGUCAAGAGAUGAUAUUUCCCAUGAGAUUUGCCUCUCUUGGAUUUUAGGAAGUAAAGGGGGUUUGCUUUUUGUAUGCAUUUAUUUGCUACAUGUGGAGGAACUGAAAAUAUUUAUUCCUCUACCCUGCACAUUCAUAGUAUAAGCCUCAUAUUUUGACAAGAUUAAGACCCCACCCUUCUAAUUCAGGUAUAGAGCGUUUUUAAUUUAAUGGUUUCUAAUGUUAUGCUUUGCUUUUGACUGCUGUUUUAGAUUUGAACUAAUUUUCAAUGGCUGCAUAUUUUUUUUACUUUCAUCUCUUUGUUCAGUUAGUGUCAGUGUUGCCAGAAAAUGAGGCCGAAAGCAGUCUAAACGAACCAGUGGGCAGUGGGUUGUAUCUCAUACUAUCUACUAGCCACUCCAGGCAGCUGCAGUGGCAAGAACAACUCUCGUAGUAGGCAAGGAGACAGCCUGCCACUAAGGUUUGGACUAAGGUCUUGCCUGCUUUUAUGCCAACACUGGUUAGUGCCAUCCAUUAGUGUAUAUGGAAACAUUUUCCCAGUAGUAUUAUGAACAAAUGGUUUCCAUUAUGCCGUAAUUUUAUCAAGUAUUUGGUUCAUUUUUUUUCAGCUCAAAAUGUAUCUACUUGCUGUAGUUGCCCUGUCCUUCAAGGAGGGAAGUUUUGGUUUUAAUUUGUUAUCUGUUUUGAUUUAACUUCAUUUUGUGAAGACUGCAAUAUAUUACACUUUUAAAGCAAAUUUCCAUAUACUUUCAAUGCAUGAGCAACAUGAAUCAAAGAGUAAAUCUCAAAACCUAAUGUUGCAUAGUUGAUUGGAUUCAAUCAACUCAACUCAGUGCUCAUCUUACCCUUAAUUAAUUCUUGAUAACAUUUUAGUUACUUCUGGUAGGUUCACAUGGUUGUUGGUGAUUACUAUUUUUAUUUUUUUUUAAACUUAAAUCAGGUUUUUUUAUUGAACCUGCAUGUGUUACUUAUGCAUCCUGUAACAUUGAACUCAAACUUGAGUGCAUUUACUCGCUUAUACAUUCUGUCCUCUAUGUAUGAUUACCCUCUUUUACUUGUAAUAUAAAAUCUGUGAUCUUUGUUGGUACUUUUAUUGAGCCAGACAUUUUUUUUCACUCCCUACUUAACCCAAGGAGUGCUGUUCAGCUGUAAAAAUGGGUUGUAACAUGUAAAGUAAUCCAUUCAAAACUAUUGCUUUCUUUUGUAUGUGUCUUAGCAUCACAAAAUCAAAUUUUAUAGAAAAAAAUUUAAUUGAGUAACGAUUUGAUCUUGUUUAUUAAGUUUAUGGGAACCAAGUGAUGGGACCCGUGGGGACCGUGAUGGAUUUGUGUACUGACCAAAUGAAAAGAAGACUCUGACUAAGAGUGAUCUUAAAUUAUUGUUAACAAUUUUACUCGCUACUACCUAUGACUUGACCAGUCAUUGUGGCAUCUAUGUUAAUUAAAUACUACUGGUUGAAAUACAAUACAUUCUUUCAACGUUUUUA